GCGGGCUCCGCGCCCCUCGGGACCUGCCCCCGCCUCUUCCUGCCCUCACCGGAGCGUUUGGCGUGUGGCUGUGGAUACUGUAUGCAGACGUCAGAGUAUAUUUUUUCGGCAAAGCUGAUCACAGACUCUGCCCAAGGCACCAGAAUUCUUCUGAACGCCCCUGGCCACCAGCUACAUGCAGCCAAAAUUGAGGCUCUUCAAAGACGAGAUCCCCGUGUCUGUCAAACCCGUCUGCGUGUGAGAGCUGAGGGGCUUGGCUCGCGUUUUCUCCGUUCGCCGGCCAUGGUAAACCCUUCAGCAUCUGAGGGGGCAGCAGCAGGUCCUCACCGUGCAGCAAGGCCUUCUUCUGAGGAGCAGGUGGGGCCAUGGUGGGACAUGCCAGAGCCAGAGAAGCAAAGAGGAACAUGCUGGCUGGUCCGGGGCCAUUGCCGUGCGGCUCUUCAGGAGGUGCAGCUUCAGAAACCUCCUUCAUACAAACUGUGUCACCAUUAUGAGGAGCCAAACCUGCAGCUGCCAGCCAGCUUCUUGCUCAAGGGAUGUGAACAAAGUUUUCUGAGUGCAGCUGCAAACCCAGCAGAGCACAAAUGGCUGAACACAGGAGAAUUAAUGCUCUUGCCAGGUUUCGGGACUCGAUUGCCCCCUGUGGCAGUGCCAGGGCUGCCCCUGGAGGCCCUGCAGGCAGCCCUCGGCCCGGCUGCUUGCUUAUGAAAAGCUGCGAAGGAAGGAAAAAAAAUAUUCCCCCUUCCUUGCAGUGGGAAGAAGAGGAAUUAAUAAUAAAAAUUCUAAAUAAAUGCCUGGUUGUUUUUUUUUUUGGUCUGUCUUAUAUGAAGCUUAUUAUGUGGUGAAGGUGAU